CUCAAUGCUCCCUUUGCCACCUUGCAGAAACUUUACACCCUUGAAGCUGAGUCACUUCUUAAGCAUUCAUAUAAAUUAACACUGAAAGCCUUGUCUCCAUCCAACCUUGAAAGACAAAAUGUAAACUUAGUUUUACAAAUAUUUAAUGAAUAUAUUAUUGAAGCACUGAUAACAUUUGGUAAAACAAAGUGCUUACCCUUAGUUGAUGAUGUUGCAGAAUAUAUUAAAAUCUUUUGCAAGUGGUGGGACAUCAUGAAUGUUAAAACCCCAUUUAAAGGCUGUAGACUUAAGAAAGAAUAUGCCACUCCCCUAACUGAUGCUGCUGAUGAUGAAAAGUAUGUGUUUCUGAACAGUUUAUGUGACUGGCUUGAAAUGUGGGAUAGUAUGAAGAACUCCACGGGCAAGUUAACAAAAGAAACAUUUGCAGCCUUAAAACAUACUACACAUGCAAUGGUGGAACUAACAAGUUACUGUAUAAAUGAAUUGAAAUUGAAAUAUGUUUUACCUGGCAAGUUUCAAACUGAUAAUUUGGAGGCCAGAUUUGGUAAAUACCGUCAACUUGCAGGUGCACAGUAUAAUAUUUCAGUAAGACAAAUGUUUGAAUGUGAAAAAAAAUUAAGAAUGAUGUCAGUCUUACACCAAGGCAGCAUUAAUUUAAAGAAUUUGGGUGAAACUAAUUGGGAAGGCUUAGAAAAUCAAGAUAAUCUGCGUGUAGAAGACUUAGGGCUUUUAGACGUGACAAGGGAAGACACUGAAAAAUGUAAAGAUGUCCUUGCUGUCAUAACAUACUUAGCUGGAUACUGCUGUUAUGCUGUCUGCAAAAAAAUGAAAUGCCUUUUCUGCAAAGAUAUAGUAACUUGUACUGAUUUAGCUGACACACUGCCUGAAAACCAUAGCUACAUUCAAGGACUUAGUAGAGGCUCUCUCUUAUAUCCAGAUGAUAUCACAACAAACAUUGUAAUGUACAAUUAUAUAAUCAUUAACAAACUAGCAAAGAACCCUUUAUUUAUACACUCGAUGAACCAACGCAAUCUGGCAACAGAGCUUACCCUAAAUGCUUUAGCAGAGGAUGAUGCUCUUUUCCACAGUGAUGUCUGUGGCGGUGGCCAUAGUACAGAAAAAGUAGAAAAGAUGAUAAUCUGGGCAUCUACCAAUGCACUACUAAACAAUUUCUGUGCUAGAGAAAAUAACAGUAUUGUAGCUAAUAAGGAUGUGCAAAAGAAUCGAAAACUAAAGACAUUAAUGAAGUAGUAUGUAGAGGGAAAUGAACAUGGAAUAAGAUGGAAAAACUCAGUGUAGUAAAUAUUACAGCUAAGCUUCAUUCUAAAUGCUCAUGCCAAGGGUAAUAUAUUAUGUUUGUUCUCAUAAAGUACAGUAGUGCAAAUUAACAUGGAAUAGGAUGGAAAUACUCAGUGUUGUAAAUAUUACAGCUAAGCUUCAUUCUAAAUGCUCAUGCCAAAGGUAAUAUAUUAUGUUUGUUCUCAUAAAGUACAGUAGUGCAAAUUAACAUGGAAUAGGAUGGAAAUACUCAGUGUUGUAAAUAUUACAGCUAAGCUUCAUUCUAAAUGCUUAUGCCAAAGGUAAUAUAUUAUGUUUGUUCUCAUAAAGUAGUGCAAAUUAACAUGGGAUAGGAUGGAAAUACUCAGUGUUGUAAAUUUUACAGCUAAGCUUCAUUCUAAAUGCUCAUGCCAAAGGCAAUAUAUUUUGUUUGUUCUCAUGAAAUAGGAUUUUAUACCUUGGAAACAGUAUCUGUUAGAAUUAGAUAUCCUCAUGACCAAAAUUAUACUCACUAUUAAAGGUGAUAUAGGUAAUGACACUCUCUCUCUCUCUCUCUCUCUCUCUCUCUCUCUCUCUCUCUCUCUCUCUCUCUCUCUCUCUCUCUCUCUCUCUCUCUCUCUCUAACA